AGAGUUAAGAAAUGACAGAGGUGAACCUCCUAUUCAGUGUGCUUCUAAAGUGACUUAGUUAUUAAAUUAUGAUGUCUAUGUCAUGGAAUAAGUAUGGAGAGCACCAGAAUUAUAUGACUAUACUGUCAAAGAAGUAUAUAUUUACAGUGUUGUCAAACUCUGUUGUACACAUGUAUGGGAUAUUUUAGAAUGCAGUGACCUAUGAUGACGUGCAUGUCAACUUCACUUUGGAAGAAUGGGCUUUGCUGGAUCCUUCCCAGAAGAGUCUCUACAAAGAUGUGAUGGUGGAGACCUACAGGAACCUCACUAGUAUAGGAUACAGCUGGGAAGACCAUAAUAUUGAAGAACAUUGUCAAAGUUCUAGAAGACAUGAAAGGCAAGAAACAAGUCAAAGUAGAGAGAAAACUUCUACAUAUAGUCAAUGUGUUAAAGCCUUUGCAUGUGACAGUCAUCUUCAGAGGCCUGAAAAAACACAUACUAGAUUGAAAUCCUAUGAAGAAAAUGAGUGUGGUGAGAAAUUCUAUGAAUGUAAUCACUUUGGUAAAGCCUUUGCAUGCAACAGUAAUCUACAAAGACAUAAAAGAAACCAUACUGGAGAGAAACCCUAUGAAUGUAAUCAGUGUGGUAAAGCCUUUGCACACCACAGUCAUCUACAAGUUCAUGAAAGAACCCAUACUGGAGAGAGGCCCUAUAAAUGUAAUCAGUGUGGUAAAGCCUUUGCUUGUCACAGCAAUCUUCAAACACAUAAAAGAAGCCACAGUGGAGAGAAACCCUAUGAAUGUAAUCAGUGUGGUAAAGCCUUUGCUUUUCACAGCAGUCUGCAAAGACAUAAAAGAAGCCAUACUGGAGAGAAACCCUAUGAAUGUAAUCAGUGUGGUAAAGCCUUUGCAUGCCACAGUAAUCUACAAUGUCAUGAAAGAACGCAUACUGGAGAGAAACCCUAUGAAUGUAAUCAGUGUGGUAAAGCCUUUGCACAACACAGUAGUCUCCAAAAACAUAAAAGAAGCCAUACUGGAGAGAAACCCUAUAAAUGUAAUCAAUGUGGUAAAGCUUUUGCAUGCCACGGGAAACUACAAAUACAUAAAAGGAGCCAUACUGGAGAGAAACCCUAUGAAUGUAGUCAGUGUGGUAAAGCCUUUGCACAUCACAGUUAUCUACAAAGUCAUAAAAGAACCCAUACUGGAAAGAAACCCUAUGAAUGUAAUCAGUGUGGUAAAGCCUUUGCUUUUCACAGCAGUCUGCAAAGACAUAAAAGAAGCCAUACUGGAGAGAAACCCUAUGAAUGUAAUCAGUGUGGUGAAGCCUUUGCACAUCACAGUCAUCUACAAAGACAUAAAAGAAGCCAUACUGGAGAGAAACCCUAUGAAUGUAAUCAGUGUGGUAAAGCCUUUGCACGUCACAGUCAUCUCCAAAAACAUAAAAAAUCCCAUACUGGAGAGAAACCCUAUGAAUGUAGUCAGUGUGGUAAAGCCUUUGCAUACCACAGUUAUCUACAAAGUCAUAAAAGAACACAUACUGGAGAGAAACCCUAUGAAUGUAAUCAGUGUGGUAAAGCCUUUGCUUUUCACAGCAGUCUGCAAAGACAUAAAAGAAGCCAUACUGGAGAGAAACCCUAUGAAUGUAAUCAGUGUGGUGAAGCCUUUGCACAUCACAGUCAUCUACAAAGACAUAAAAGAAGCCAUACUGGAGAGAAACCCUAUGAAUGUAAUCAGUGUGGUAAAGCCUUUGCACGUCACAGUCAUCUCCAAAAACAUAAAAAAUCCCAUACUGGAGAGAAACCCUAUGAAUGUAGUCAGUGUGGUAAAGCCUUUGCAUACCACAGUUAUCUACAAAGUCAUAAAAGAACACAUACUGGAGAGAAACCCUAUGAAUGUAAUCAGUGUGGUAAAGCCUUUGCUUUUCACAGCAGUCUGCAAAGACAUAAAAGAAGCCAUACUGGAGAGAAACCCUAUGAAUGUAAUCAGUGUGGUAAAGCCUUUGCUUUUCACAGCCGUCUGCAAAGACAUAAAAGAAGCCAUACUGGAGAGAAACCCUAUGAAUGUAAUCAGUGUGGUAAAGCCUUUGCUUUUCACAGCCGUCUGCAAAGACAUAAAAGAAGCCAUACUGGAGAGAAACCCUAUAAAUGUAAUGAAUGUGGUAAAGCUUUUGCAUGCCACAGGAAUCUACAAAUACAUAAAAGGAGCCAUACUGGAGAGAAACCCUAUGAAUGUAAUCAGUGUGGUAAAGCCUUUGCUUUUCACAGCAGUCUGCAAAGACAUAAAAGAAGCCAACACAUGCUGGAGAGAAACCCUAUGAACAUUGUGAGUGUGGUGAAGCCUUUUCACCUCACAGUACUCUUCAAGUGCAUGAAAGAUCACACACUGCAGAUAAACUCUAUGAAUGUUAUCUGUGUGAAUAACCUAAAUCAUGAGAAAAAUCAUACUGCAUAUACACCCUAUAAAUGUAUUCCAUGUGAUAAAAUUUUGUACUUUAUGUAGGAGUAAAACGUUUUGUAUGCAACAAUCUGUUAAAAUCUUUGUAUAUUACAAUAAACAUUCAGUACCUGAAGAAGAUA